AAGUGGUUCUCUAGUGGUGGGAGAAACUUCCGGCUCAUCUUCUUAGACGUCACGAUAGAAGUGAAACAUAAACAGAAGAAGGAUGGAGGACAAUGGAGAAGUGAAAAUUCUCAAGAGAAGCUGUGAUGAGGCUCCAUCUGAUGUCCCUCCAUGCAAGUACCCUUCCGGUUCACCUUCAACCCUGAAAACCCAUCCAUCCCUUUACCAGACCUCCUUCCCCUUCUACAGGCUGCCCUCCGAGGUGGGUUUCUUCUCGCUGGAUGAAAAGCGUGGUUUCCACGCUGACGGUCGUCGCUUGCGCUAUUACCGUCCACCUGAGGGCGGGAAAAAGGAUGGUGACUCUCUUGGGUGGGACCUGAUGGAAGGAUUUGAAGAUCGCUACGUUCGGAGGAAUGAAGAUGAGAAGGAGGGUCUCCUGCAUAUACUCACGUGGAUAAAGGAGAACAAAGGACUUAUUAAAGGAAGCGGCCAUGGCGAGAGCAAGAGACCCGUGGAUCGAGACUUUGUCACCUGGCGGGGCCAUCUCACUAAGAUGCUCUGUACGCCGUUUGAGACACAAGAAGGCUGGAUCCUGGCGGUCACUCUCUUCCGAGGUACUCUGUACAUCAGCGAGAGGGAGACAGAAGCUGCAUAUAAAAAGAGGAAGGGGAGAUCCGUGGAGCAGGAGAAGCUCAUGUACUCUGGUUAUAAGUUUGAGAGCUACUUAUGUGCUUACACCCCCUACAGUGAUCCCUGCCCGUCUGAGGUGGUAAACACCAAUGAAGCAUUCUGCAGUGUUCUUUUGGGUCGUCUGGCCACUCAUUCUCUGCUGCUGUCGGGAGAGGUAGACUGCACGGACGCUUCUGCUGCCAACCCCUCACCUCCAUCUAGCUAUGUGGAGCUGAAGACAAGCGCACAAAUAAAGAACCCACACCAACAACGCAGCUUUAACAGAUACAAGCUCCUGAAAUGGUGGUGUCAAUCCUUUAUCCUCGGGAUUCCUCUAAUCGUCGCCGGUUUUCGCAAUCAGCAAGGAAAAAUCGAAUCCUUACAGAAUUAUCGAACGGCAGACAUCCCUCAUCUAGUGCGGGGUGACAGUCAGAGCUGGGACCCUGCAGUGUGCAUGAACUUCUGCAAUGCCUUUCUGUCUCAUAUCAAGAAAGUGGCCACCAAGGAUGACCCAAGGGUCGUCUAUGUGUUCUCUUAUGAGCCAGGUUCAGACAUCAUAUUCACUAUUGAAUCGAAUCCAUCUGAUCCUGUUCUUCCAGACUGGUAUGUGCAGGCACUUUCACAUUAAACUUGUACUGAUCGGCAUCAAGUAGCCUGGUGACAAGAAGACAGGGUCAGGCCUUCUACGGAGGACAAACAUCUGGACCAGACUGGCGAACGCAUAGCCUGAAAGUGCACACUUAACAUGAGAACCGGAGGGAGCUGUCAAAAUACAUGACUUUUAUAACAGAUUGUUGUACUUACAGCCUUGGAGGCAUUCAGCAAGCUGUCAGGACAUGCCAACACUGCAUUCACUGUACUCAUCCGAGUGUACACUCUGUCUUCUAAGUGGCUUUGUAAGUUUUAAUUUCUGAAAACAAAAAGAGGCUGGUCCUUACAUUUAACGUGCAGAUUGAAAAGGUAUC